UGUUGCUAACCAGCCAUCUUGACACACUUUCUACUGUAAACAGGUGCGAGGUUAACAUUUUUACAGGUAUUCGUGCCAAAAUUGACUUUCGAGCAGCAAUAGGACCCUUAAAAGUUAAAGUAGUGCAGUUAUCAUGCCACUCAUAGAGGAAAUCGGUGAUGAUGUACCAAUAUGUGUAGAAGAGGGAAAUAAGAUUGAAAUUAAGGACAUUCAAGGGGAGGAUGAAAUUAUGCAAGAAAAACUCAAGAAAGAAGGGGAAGAAGACAAUAAAGUUAAAGAAAAAAGAGAAGAAGAAUCUCAAGCAGAGAGUGUGAGCCAAAAGGAUGCAGACACAGAAAAAAAGGAAGAGGAAAAAGACAAAUGGCCAAGAUUGAAUAAGAAGAUGCUAAGGGAUCAUUGUAAAGCACUGAAACUCUAUCUUACACCUGAACUCAAUGAUGUUCUCUACUUACAUUAUAAAGGUAUCUUCAAAAUUGAGUCCCUUGAGGAGUACACAGGCCUUAAAUGUCUGUGGCUAGAGUCCAAUGGAAUAAGUAAGAUCGAAAACCUUGACCACCAAAAAGAGCUGAGGUGCUUGUACCUACAUCAAAACCUGAUCAAGAAAAUUGAAAAUCUCGAGCCAUUGCAGAACCUUGCCACUCUGAACCUUAGCAACAACCUGAUCAGCAAAAUUGAAAACCUCUCUUGCCUGCCACACCUGGGCACUCUGCUAAUCAGCCAUAACAAACUGACAACAGCAGAAGACCUGGAACAUUUGGCUGAGUGUGAGGCCAUCAGCAAUCUGGACCUGUCCCAUAACAAAAUUGAAGAUCCUGCCUUCUUAAAAGUGCUGACUCAAAUGAAAAGCCUGAGGGUACUCAACAUGAUGGGUAACCCAGUGAUAAGGAAGAUAGAGCACUACAGAAAGACUGUAAUUGCCACACUAAAGGAGUUGACGUACCUGGAUGACCGGCCUGUGUUUCCCAAGGAGCGGGCCUGUGUGGAGGCAUGGGCUGUAGGGGGAAGGGAGGCUGAGAAAGCAGAGCGCGAUAGAUGGGUUGCAGAAGAGAGGAAGAAAAUCUCUGACAAUGUUGAUGCUAUGAUGGAUAUCAGAAAAAAAGCAGUGGCAAAAAGACUGGAGAAGGAAGUUCGUGAGAAAUUAGUGGCUGAAGGGAAAAGUGUAGAUAAUGUGAAAAUAGAAUGUGACUUGGACUCUAUUGACUGGCUGUACGGAUCAGGAAAUGUUACUGUUACUAGGGAAGAUGGCACACAGGAGACCAUCAACAUUAAUAGGAACCCUCCAGAAGAUGCUUCUGAGCAACCUGCAGUGAAGGAAACAAGGCAGAAUGACAUAUUUGGGCAAGGUGAUGAGGAGACCAAGACUGAGACAGAAAAUGCAAAGAACAUUCAGUGCUCAGCAGCUAGAGAAUCACAGGCAAACCAGUCUGAAUCGGGUCAUCUGCAAACAUCAGAAGAACCAGAAGAAAUUCCUUUUAUCAGACCAAAUAAUAUAGAGGAAACAGGCUCCAUAUUCACACGCGAAAAACAAAGUUCCAAUCAGAAUUCCACCAAUAUGUUCAUUGAGGAGAUAGUUUCAGGGUGUGUUGCUGAACAACCAGAACCAAGGAAGAAGACACUGAUAACAGAGCUUCCAGAUGAGGAGUCUAUAGAAACACUUAAUAUUGCAGGGGACUUUGAGAUGGAAGAUAUUCCAGAUCUAGAAGAUGUUGAUGAAACAGGUGAACCAAUCCUUACAGAUAAAGAGGAAACUGUUUACAAGCCCAAGAUUGAAGUUCUAGAUGGAGAUGAAGACCUAGACUGGCUAGAUGAUUUAUCACAGGGAAACAAGCCAACAGAACUGAACACAGACGAUCCUGUUUCUUCAAAACCCAUACAAAUGUUGGUAGAGGACAUAACCCCAAAUAAAAGUUCAAGCAAUGAACAGUCCGAAAUGGCAAGGCAGUCAACAGAAUUAUUGGAAAAUCUUAGUAAUAUCUCUCAAUCAAAAGUUGGCAAAAGUCGGUUGAUGGACUUCUCAAAAGAGGAAGCAGAGAAUAAAACUUUGACAACAGAGCAGAAAAUUCAAAGGCUUGCAGAGAGUGUAGGAGAAACAAAAGCCAAACCCUCAAUACCCUAUGAUCCAGAACUUGAGGGCCUUGACUGAACUCCCUUUAUAUUGUAAUGUAUAUAGUAUAAGCUAAAGAUUAAAAAUAUCUUCCGUCCUGUGGUUUCAAUGAAACACCUCAUGGAUUAGUCACCUUAAAAACUUUAUGUAUACAAUGAUUUUAAUUU